AUGAAGUCCGCCUCGUCCGACGAUUCGUACGUCAGCCCUUACCUCGACGAGCUGGAAAGUCCCUUUAAGGACACAGUCGGCCCGCUAGAGCUCCGGCGACAGCAGUCGGAUCUCACGCAAAGUGCACCGCUCAACAUGGACCUCGACCUUGAUUUCGACAUGGACCUGAAUCAAAAGGGGUACAGUACGCCCCGGGAUGACCAGUGGCCGACAUUCGCAGCCCCAGAAGCUAUGGGUUUGUCAGCGUCGCUGGGGUCAGCUUCAGCAGAAACAGACACGCCCAUCACGCCCAUCACGCCCAUCACGCCCAUCACGCCCAUCACACCAACGUCGACCUUGACAUCUACUUCCCCGUCGGCAUCAGCAUCCACACCCACCUUCGUCUGCGGUUAUCCUCUGCCUAGACGUCGAUGUCAGCCUCGACCUCAACAUCAACCUCAACCUCCACGAACGCGCCCCACACGGAGAACAUCGAGCUUUGCCACACCACAACGAAAAUCCAAUACCGCCACCACCACUGGUCCGCCCACUCGCUCGCACGCGCGCACCAAGAAACGGAACCCCCCACCCAGCUCCUCCUCCACCCCCAGCGAAGACGACUCCGCUUCCAUCUCCGCCUCAGCCAUUCAGAAAGCCAAACACGCCCACUCGAUCAUCGAACGCCGCUACCGCGACAACCUCAACGGCAAGAUGAUGCAACUCCACCGCGUCCUCCUGGCCGCCGAGACCGCCGGGACCGCCGAUACUGCGAUCCCCGACGAUGUAGCGACAUCAUCACCUUCUGUGUCUCUGCUGGACGAGAUGAAAGCCCAAACCCAAGCCCAAGCACAAAUUGUAGGGCGGGUUCGCAAAUCCGACAUCAUGACCCGCGCAAUCAAAUACAUCCACAGAUCGGAAGCACAGAUGCAACACAUGAGUGCGGAGGUCGCUCGGUUGCAGGACCAAAUCAGGGUCUAUCAGAAAUUGGUCAAGUGCGACAGCGAGAGCGACGGGUGUGACGGUGGCGUUUGGGAUGGUACUGGGUUGGGUGCAGCGCGAAUGACGAGACUGGGCGGUUGA